AUGGCGUUGAAAGUACAAGUUGGUCAAAAGAUUAUGAACGAAGUCAUUCGUUACAAGCCACCAAAAAGCGGCACCGCUGCUGCCAAAGGUGGCGGAGUUGAAUGGCGUAUUCUUGUGGUUGAUAAGCUGGCUAUGCGCAUGGUAUCGGCUUGCUGUAAAAUGCACGAUAUCAGCGCUGAGGGAGUCACGCUGGUCGAAGACAUAAAUAAGAAGCGUGAACCGCUUGCAACAAUGGAAGCGGUUUACUUGAUGACACCAUCGGAAGAAUCAGUGCGUUCACUAAUUAAAGAUUUUGAUAAUCCCAAUCGACCUCUUUACAAAGCCGCCCAUGUUUUCUUCACCGAAGCCGCACCAGACAGAAUAAUGGAAAUGAUAGCCAAUUCAAGAUUAUUUAAAUUAAAAUUUCUAAAAAGAUGCGAAGAAAUUAAUGUCGCAUUUAUUCCAUAUGAACAACAGGUAUUUUCACUGGACUCGCCCGACACUUUCCAAUGUUUGUACUCGCCAAGUUUGCAGGGUGCACGUUUAGCACAAAUGGAACGGAUUGCUGAACAAGUGGCCACACUGUGUGCUACAUUGGGCGAAUAUCCAUCGGUUCGAUAUCGGCUUGACUGGGAUCGAAAUGUUGAAUUGGCACAACUAAUCCAACAAAAAUUGGAUGCAUACAAAGCCGAUGAGCCAACGAUGGGUGAAGGUCCAGAAAAGGCUCGUUCACAACUCAUAAUCUUGGAUCGUGGCUUCGAUUGUAUCUCGCCAUUGUUGCACGAACUUACGCUACAAGCUAUGGCUUACGAUCUCUUGCCAAUCGUCAACGAUGUUUACAAGUAUAUGCCAUCGCCGAAUGCAGCUGAUAAAGAAGUACUACUGGAUGAGAAUGAUGAAUUAUGGGUUGAAUUACGUCAUCAACAUAUUGCCGUGGUCAGUACAGCGGUUACACAAAAUUUGAAAAAGUUCACCGAAUCAAAGCGUAUGACACAAGGCGACAAACAGUCAAUGCGUGAUCUAUCGCAAAUGAUCAAAAAGAUGCCACAAUAUCAAAAAGAACUAUCAAAAUAUGCAACCCAUUUACAUUUAGCCGAAGAUUGUAUGAAAUCCUACCAAGGCUAUGUGGACAAAUUGUGCAAAGUGGAACAGGACCUGGCAAUGGGCACAGAUGCUGAAGGUGAAAAGAUUAAAGAUCACAUGAAGAAUAUUGUUCCAAUUCUAUUAGAUGGAAGCAUUUCAAACUAUGACAAGAUUCGCAUCAUCGCUCUCUACUGUAUGGUUAAGAACGGUAUUUCAGAGGAGAAUCUCCGGAAAUUGUUCACACAUGCUCAAAUUGCCGAAAAAGACCAAGACAUGGUGCGAAACUUGAGUUUUCUUGGAGUGAACACCAUUGCAGAUGGCAAUCGAAAGAAAACAUAUAAUGUACCACGUAAGGAGCGCAUAACCGAGCACACGUACCAGAUGUCACGUUGGACGCCAGUUGUAAAAGAUAUCAUUGAAGACAGCAUAGACGAUAAAUUGGAUCAGCGACACUUUCCAUUUUUGGCGGGUCGUGCACAAAGCAGCACAUACCAUGCACCAACCAGCGCACGUUACGGUCAUUGGCACAAAGAUAAAGCGCAAACUGCAAUCAAAAAUGUACCACGUCUCAUUGUAUUCAUUGUGGGUGGUAUGAGUUAUUCGGAAAUGCGUUGCGCAUACGAAGUGACUGCUGCCAAUAAAAAUUGGGAAAUCAUUAUCGGCUCAUCACACAUUCUAACACCAGAAAACUUUUUGGGAGACCUUGCAGUACUAGCCAAAGAUGACUAGAUGCACCAGAAACAUUAAAUAAAGAAGACUAAAUUAUUUUUUUUCUGUUUUCAAAUCAAACACUUACAACAAGGAAAGAACAAAAUUAAGAGAAUGUUGUGUAAGCAGUCACACUUUGGCCGAGAUGAAUGACAUCUAUUUCGCCAACAAAUUAUCGCAAACAUUGAUAUUCAAACUAAUAUAAAGUGUUGCGAACUGUUCAAUUAGAUAUUUCAUUUUAUGUAAAACAUGCCACACUGAUACAUAGCCUAUCAAUGAUCUUUAAACGGCUUUACACUGAAACAACACAAAAUGUUCAACUCUUUGUAUUUAUAUUACCACCUUGAAACAAUAGAAUUUUGACAACAUCACACACACAUUUUUUGAGAUCGAACACUUGAACGUUGAGUACAUAUUGCAGACCAUUCAUCCCAAAAUCUUUUUCGAAUCAAUUUGUUUCUAUUAGAAUAUUCAGUAAUAUAAAACAAAAAUAAUGACAACAAAAAAAACUGUAAGAAAUUAUAAUUAUGUAUGCCUUGAUUUAUGGUGAUAAAGUAUUAUUAUUAUUAUUAUUAUAUAAAAUGAAAGAGGAUUUUUUUUUCGUCUUGGCAAAAUUACCAAAGUCAAAAGAAAGAAAAAAUCAUCUAGAAAAAAACAUAGAGUAUGCUUCUAUAUAUUUAAAUUAAUAAAUUCAUUAUAUAUUAAUUAAAUUAUUAUAACACAAUUAAAGAGGGAAGAAAGGAAGGAACGAAAUGAGAGGAGAGCAAAACAAAUGUGAAUUAUAAAUUGUUAAUCGUUUUCGAAGAGAGAAUGAGGAUAACGUGUAUUUUUUGAAUUCUUCACCUUCUAAUUGCUCGCUUUGAAGGCAUUAUAACGUUAAUUGAAAUCAUAUUACCUAAAGUUCAGCAAACAUGCAUUUACUGAAAUUUGAAAGAAAAUUUGACGAGAAAAAAAAAUACCAAAUACUGUGAUUAGUUACUGAGUUAUUGUUGUUUAUUUCUUUUUUCUCUGUUUCCCCCUUCUCAAACAACAAACAAAAGGAAUAUAUCGCCGUAGGCUUUCUUGAGCCUUGACCAGCAAUUCUGGCUAAAUUUUUGCCAAAACCAAAAUUAAAAACAAAUAUCAUUCAAUAUAUUGAAAUCGGACGAAUAGCGAUAAUAAUAAAUUUUUAAAACGAUAAACUGAA